AACCCUUGUAUUUGCGGCAAUGAAGAAUCUCCGAAGAAUAGCAGCAGAGUUGCCCAUAGAUGUUGUUUCUUGUAUAUUGUCGCAUCUCCCCGUCAAGUCGGUCUUACGUUUUAAGUGUGUCUCAAAAUCAUGGUACUCUCUAAUCUCUGAUCCGCACUUCAAAAGAUUACAUCUCCUUCAUUCACACAAAUCUGCAAAUCUGGUACUAGUUCUCAAAAUGCAUAUCAGAAAAGUCCUAUCUGAACAAUUACAUCUCCUUUACUAUUACGGUUUCUGUGAUGCAACCUUUUUUGAUGAUAUAAUUUCAGGAGAUUCUUCGCAAAUCGAAUUGCCCUUCAGACGUCCCCUACAUUUAUGCGACGGGAUGAUUUUGUGUUCCUGUGAUGGCCUGCUACUUACGAGAAAUCAGUAUAAUAAUUUUGGCCACUUAACAUUAUGGAACCCUUCUACUAGAGAGCGUCGUGAAUUGCCGCCCCUUCAAUGUGAUUAUCCAUCCAAAAGUGCUGCCUUGGGAUAUGAUUCAUCAACCGACGACUACAAGGUGCUGUUUGUACCUCUAAAUGGGAACCGAUUAAAAGACGUUAUGAUUCUUUCUCUGAAAACAAAUUGUUGGCGGGAGGUUAAAGAUUUUAAAUGUUACCGCCUAGAGAAUGGCGUAAGUUUAAACGGAUCUCUGGCGUUUUUGCAACAUUCUGUGGUAAGAUAUUUGUCGGCCAAGAUUGUUUGUUUUUCCUUAGCAAACGAGAGCACCACAGAGAUGGAACAUCCUAGGAAUUGCCAUAAUUAUGGACGUCUGAAUUUGGGUGUUUUGCAAGGAUGCCUUUGUUUAACAGAGACCGCCUUUUCGAAUUGUUCAAUGAUGACGGUCUGGUUAAUGAAAGAAUUUGGAGUGACGAGCUCGUGGACCAAGCUCAUUACCAUACCAAACAUGUCUCGUUAUCCAACUUUGAUUUCUUCAAUUCUAUUACCCCUUGAUCAUAUGAACGAAACAGUUUUCCUAAUUCAUAACAAUUUCGGCUUUUCUUCUUACAUUUUGAUUAUAAAUAAUUUCGAGGCAGAAGACUACAGAUUUGUUAAGAUUGCCGAACUCCAAGAGGAUGAGUUGCUGACAGGACUUGCAUAUAUUAGGACUUUAACUUCACCAAAUUGAUUUUCAUCUAUUUUGUUUUAAAGGAUUUCCAGUUUCAAGACCUUAAUUAACAACAUGUUAUCAAUUAUCCUUAUUUAUUACU